AUGAGCUACCCAUAUGAAGGAACCCAGCUGGAUACGAUUCGAUCCAGGCAAAUUGCUGCCUUACGUAAUGUCAUAAACUUAAACCAGCCAAUUACGAAUACCAUGGUCACUGAACCUGUGUGGAAGAUACUGGUGUUGGAUAAGGUUGGCCAAGAUGUCAUUUCUCCACUGCUACCUAUCAAAAGCCUGCGAGACCUUGGAGUGACGUUGCACUUGCUGAUUGGCUCCAAACGAGAAGCUCUCACGGACGUGCCAGCUGUUUAUUUCAUUUCGCCAACGGACGAAAACGUGGACUUACUAUGCGAAGAUCUCAGACAGGGAAUGUACGAUAGCUUCUAUAUAAAUUUUAUUUCUCCACUCUCUCGU